AGCUGAGCGAUCAACUGUGUGUGAGGAUAAAAUCUGGAAUAAUGAAAAAAUAUUUUUAUGAAACGGUUAAAAGAAUAACAUCUUAGUUACAUAUCUAAAUGCGAUUUCAACCGAACGUUCCCAGAGCCGUUUGUCGCGCACAUUCACAAAUAUGCCGGAAUUGACUGAGCUUGACAAGGCCGCAUCCUCUGAGCCCAUCAAAGUUGAGGCAGCAGCAGCUGCGGCAGGCUCUGGAACUGACUCAGAUUCCGAUGAUACGAUCCCAGAGCUCGAAGAUGCCGGAUCUGCUGGUGCAGGAGGUUUUCCCGGUAGUACCGUCACUGGGCUGCCUAUCGACAUGGUAUCCAAGGCGAAGCAAAGUCGCGGAGAAAAGAAAGCCAGAAAACUCAUGAGUAAGCUGGGGCUCAAACCUGUCCAGGGAGUGAACAGGGUAACGAUCCGAAAAUCAAAGAAUAUUCUCUUUGUAAUCAACAAACCUGAUGUGUACAAAAAUCCGGCUUCAGACACGUACAUUGUUUUUGGCGAAGCUAAGAUUGAAGAUCUCAGCCAACAGGCACAGGUUGCUGCUGCCGAGAAGUUCAAGGCACCAGAAGUUAUUCCUGCUACAGAAGCCGGUGGUCGUACGACGGUGGUAGUGCCGAUCCAAGAGGAGUCGGAGGAGGAGGAAGUUGACGAGACGGGGGUUGAAGAAAAAGACGUCGACCUUGUUGUGUCCCAAGCUAACGUUAGUCGAGGGAAGGCGAUCAAAGCUCUCAAAAAUAAUCAGAACGACAUCGUUAAUGCGAUCAUGGAAUUGACAAUGUGAUGAAGCUGCUCACACAUUGUAUAUGCAGCAGCAGGCAGACAGACACACAGGCACUGCGUCAUCAGCGUUUGAUGGACAGUGCACAAGCCAACAAUCAUUCAUUUUUAUCUCAUCGCAGACAAAAAAAAAAAAAAAUUGUACUUGGAUCGGCAUUGGCAGUAAUGCUGCAGUUGCAGGACAUUGAAGUAACCCAUGUAUAUACAUUAUUCAUAACAAAAUAAACGCAUGGAACAUCA